AUGACUUUGUCAAGGCCUGACAUCACAUAUGCAAUCCAUAAAUUAAGUCAGUUUGUUUCUCAACCACGUACUCCACAUUUAAAUGCAGUUCACGAGCUUCUCAGGUAUAUUAAAGCUCACUCAGGUCAAGCACUUCUCUUUCCCCCUUCAUCGUCAUUGCAGUUGAAAGCCUUUAGUGAUGCUGAUUGGGGAGCUUGUCAUGAUUCUAGAAAGUCAGUGACUGCUAAGAAGCAAACCAUUGUUUCAAGAAGUUCUGCUGAUGCUGAAUAUAGGGCCAUGGCUGUCACAACUGCUGAAGUGUGCUAG